CGUGUUGUUGUCUGAUGUUGCUAGCUAGCCAGCUUGAAUCGGCAACCAAGUGUUAGCUGGCUAAAGCCAAAUCAUUGUAGCCAUUGUAGCAAAAAACUUGUAACCAAAGCGCCUAAAGAAUGAGAAGAGUUACCUUAUUUAUUAACGGGACAUGUAAAAAUGGCAAGGUUGUAGCAGUGUACGGGACCUUGUCAGACUUAUUAUCCGUAGCCAGCAAUAAGUUAGGAAUCAAAGCCUCCUGUUUGUACAAUGGAAAAGGUGGUCUCAUAGAUGACAUUGCUCUUAUAAGAGAUGAUGACGUGUUGUAUGUGUCAGAAGGAGAUCCAUUUAUUGAUCCUCAAAAUGAAGCCAAGGUUAUAUCUGAUCAGCACGGAGCACACACUGAUUGGCUGACACUUAAUAUUGGUGGUCGUCCCUUCACCACCACCAGGAGCACCUUAGUAAGCAAAGAGCCAGAGAGUAUGCUUGCUCACAUGUUUCGAGAGAAAGAUGUGUGGGGGAACAAGCAGGACGAGCAUGGAGCUUACUUAAUCGACCGCAGCCCUGAAUACUUUGAGCCCAUUCUCAACUACCUAAGACAUGGACAGCUCAUUAUUAAUGAAGGCAUAAAUAUACGAGGUGUUCUCGAGGAGGCUCGCUUCUUUGGAAUAGAGCAACUUGCUGAACAGCUAGAAGCAGCAAUCAAGAACUCACAACCACCCGAGGACCACUCUCCCAUCUCCCGAAAAGAGUUUGUUCGUUUUCUUCUGGCAACACCAACCAAAUCAGAGCUCCGCUGUCAGGGUCUUAACUUCAGUGGCGCUGAUCUUUCCCGACUUGAUCUACGUUACAUCAAUUUCAAGAUGGCCAAUCUGAGCCGUUGCAAUCUUUCACACGCCAACCUGUGCUGCUCUAAUCUAGAGCGAGCCGAUCUGUCUGGAGCCAACCUGGAUGGUGCCAAUUUACAGGGUGUGAAGAUGCUGUGUUCGCAUGCAGAGGGAGCUUCUCUUAAAGGAUGCAACUUUGAAGAUCCAUCCGGUCUGAAGGCCAACCUGGAAGGUGCUAACCUGAAAGGAGUGGACAUGGAAGGAAGCCAGAUGACUGGGAUUAACCUGCGUGUGGCCACUCUGAAAAAUGCAAAGCUGAAGAAUUGCAACCUGCGGGGAGCCACUUUAGCAGGGACGGAUCUCGAGAACUGCGACCUGUCCGGCUGCGAUCUACAAGAAGCCAACCUGAGAGGGUCCAAUGUAAAAGGAGCCAUUUUUGAAGAGAUGCUGACCCCUCUGCACAUGUCUCAGAGUGUCAGAUAAAUGAGCUCACACCUGUGGAUCAGUGUGAACAUCAGCUGGCUUCUUUCACGAACCUGUGCUCCACUAUAUUCCCCUACUUUCAAUCUCUGUACCUGUCUGUGACACAGGUACCUGUAUGCACAUCCCUGGCAUUCCAACUUUUAUUAUUUGAGCUUUAAAUAUCUUGCACUAGAAUAUAUUCAGGGUUGUCCAUGUGUGUUUGUAAGGUAGAGUCAUAUUUGAAUGUUCAGCUGCAUAUAUCACCAAAACAAAAAUAAUGUUCCUUGUCUAUGUCGAUGCGUUUGGAUGCAAUCCAUGACUGUACACAUUUCAUGUUUUACAUAAUUUAUGCUCACGUUACUUGACAUGUUAGUGGGAGUCUGAAUAAGGUCAUCUGUGUUCAGUGAAGUUCAGAGCGCUUAGCUUCUUCACUGAUGCUGCUGUAGCAGAACCAGAAGGGGGUCACUUACCAAUAACUGUGUGGUUCUUUGUUCCUGUUUGUUACUUCAUUUUGUUGGAUUUAACAUAUUCUAAAGAAAGCAAUGCCAAGCCAAAGCCAUAACAACAGCAGAGUCUGAAAGGCUCAACAUGCUGUUUGUGCAACAAAAAAAAAAAGAAACUAUGCGACAGGCUAGUUUAUAAAACAGCUUAUGUAUGCAAUACAUGAUCGAUGGCUGUGAGGUUUUCAAACCUUUUGUUCUUAAAAAGCUUUCCGUUGUUUUGCGCUAUGUGAAUCUACCUCUUUUUUUAAUCCGUCGUGUGAGUGAUCCACAGUUGCAUGCAUUUAUUGCAAAGUUUACGUAUGACAUCAAUUAUCCUUCUUAAUUUCAUUACGAGAAAAUAAUCCUUUUUGGGCUGCUUCACCAGGAGCCAUUUUCACUUCUUGUCAAAGUGGGUUUGCCUGGAAUCAUUCUGCGUGUAUCGACAUAUAUCACUUAAUCGUUCUUUAAACUUCUUUGCACAAGAGUAUGUUGACUUGUAACAUGUUAAACCUGUUCACCAAAAAAAAAAAAAACACAAGUUUUGGUGCUUGUAUUUUAAUGUAAAUCAAAUCCAGUGUUUCCCAAAAAAAAAAAAACUUCCAAAAGAAUGGUUCUUAGUUUAGUACGGUGUCGUCAGCUGUUUAGUCGAGGGUCUCACCUCAGUCUGUCUGCAUGUGUGAAGAGCUUCUCGUCUUCUCUCGCUGUAGCUCAAAGCUGCUCUGAUGCAAUACAAUAUUUACUCAGUUCUUUUUAACACAAGGUACCCAGCCUGUGAGAAUGAACGAUGAAGGCAAUCAUGUUGUG